GAUGGCGGCCAGUGAAAUGAGGUGUUGGCAGUGAAUUACACGGCGCUCCCGGCAGUCCGAAGUGUGGCAUGUGGGUUUGUAUGAGGUUCUGAUUGAUAACAGACAGGUUUUUGAACGUCGAAGGAAAGACCGUGUUAUGGCCUUCCUGUACGAGUUGGCGUGGCGGUUCCUGCAUGUUGCUCUCCACGUCCAGCGGACGCUUCUUUCCUGGUUUCGAGCCCGGCUCCGGAGCUGCGACUGGCGGCUAUGGAAACGCGCCAUGGCCGCACUGCUGGUGCCCGUGGCGCUCGGCUUCCACGCGCACCGGCGCUUAGGACCGGCGGCUGGGAAGCGGGGCUGCCGUCGCUUCCGCUGGGGGACGGAUGGACGCGCCCUGGAGAAGCUUCCGGCGCACGUCGGCCUGCUGAUCGCCGAGGAGGAGCCCCGCUGCGCGGACGUGGCCACGCUGGUGGUGUGGUGCAUGGCGGUGGGCAUCUCCUACGUGAGCGUGUACGACAGCCGAGGCAUCUUCAGAAGAAACAAUUCCAGACUCAUGGAAGAGAUUCAGAGACAGCAACAGGAGCUCCUGGGUGUCGACAGUGCAAAGUACUCGGUGGAGCUUGUAAACGGCAGCAGCGAGAAACCGGAUAGUCAAGUGUUCUCGUGCCAGGCGGUGGUGAAAGUGCUCUCUCCGGAUGACGGGAAGAGCAGCAUCGUGAGUGCGGCCCAGCAGCUGUGCCGAGCUGUGGAGCAGAGGGAGAGGGCAUCCAAGGACAUCAACAUAGACCUGCUGGACUCCAUGCUCAGAGAUUCGAAGUGCACGCCGGAUCCAGACCUGGUUCUGAAGUUUGGUCCGGUGGAAAGUACUGUGGGAUUCCUCCCUUGGCACAUCAGGCUCACCGAGUUCAUCUCCUUUCCCAGCCAUGUGGAUGUCUCCUAUGAGGACUUCUUUGGUGCACUGCAGCACUAUGCUGCCUGUGAGCAGAGGCUGGGCAAGUGAGGGUAAAACCCCAGCUCUGCCCCUCAUAGAGACUCUGGUCUCGCUCACCGCGUCUCUACAGCAAUGAGCUCCUGCGAACAAGCACCCGUCUCCUGCCACAACCCAUUCGCAUGUUGUCAGGCUCUGCCCCCCUCCUGCUCAGAGACCAAGGGGUCCGCCACAGGACUGCAGAAGAGACUGGUGACUCCACUUGCAGGAGGGGAGCGGAUCUUGAGUGGCAGGAGUCGGCCUGGAAGAAGUGGACACCUUCUGGAAUGACGGGUGGUAUGGUGUAGACCCUCACUUUCUGUUGGCUUCUUCUCAAUCCCUCCCCCCCCAUGUGUUUAAAAGGUAAAGCUGAAUUGUGUGAAAUAUCUUGGUGCUCCCAGCAGAAAGGUUUAUCAAAGUAAUUUAAGCCUGAUAAUUUAAAAUGGCAGAUAACAUCCCACUGAUGCAUUUCAGGAAGGAUCCUGUGCGCAUUGUGGGGGAAAAACUUAGUUGGAAAAUCCAAUUUUUGUCUAGAAUUACUUGAAAUACAGUACGGCUUGCUUAUAUUUGAAAUGCAUUUUUUUCCCUAGCCCAUCUCUGAAAGGAUGCAAAUGUAUGUUGAGUGGCACAACGGGAGGAGUCAUGGCUGAGUGUAAGAUUGCCAUGAUACCGACACAUCAGAACAUGGGCUUUUGUCUCUCUGGCCAGCAGCACACACUAAUUCCUAGGAAAUCGGCCAUUCCUCCUCUCAGCUGUUUGACACACGGCUUGCGUAUAUUACACGAAUCAUGGCUUCUCACACUAAAAUACCUCUCCGUCCAUGAUGGGUACAUGUAGAAUCGCUGAAUAAAUUUGCACAGUUGCUAUAAUUUGUUUAAAAAAAAUAUUUUCCCUUUGCUUGGACUAACAAGCAGAUACCCAGUUUUGCAGGGGCAGCUUUUUACUGCUUCCAACCAGGACAGGCCUCUUGUUUUGUAUACGAGCUGCAGCUCCAUUUCGGCUCUCAGAUGUGAUUUGUUGCCUUUUUGCUGCAAACUGCUCUUUUCUACAUACUAUUUCAGCCAUAUUUUGUUCACUUUCAUCAGUGUAUGUGUUUUUUUAAGCAUUUUUUUUCCAUAAUGCGAACUGCUGACUAUUAGUAAUUUAAGUCCCGCCCACUUGCACUGUGAUUGGUUGGUGUUUGUACGAGGAGGUGAUUGGCAGCUGUGCACCGAUUGCACUCGGGACGCCCUCGAUUGCAGCAGCGCCACUCUGAGUGCCUGCUAGAUGUUACUGAAAGCCAGACUGGGGACUUUUCAUCUGGAUGAAAUUUCUUGACCACCUGUGUUGUAAAUGGUGUUGGUUUUUUUUUUUUUUUUUUUGUGACUGAAAUUUUUGUUAAGCUUUUUUAAACAAAAAAAGUCUACAAAAUCAAGAGCAGGUGAUCAGUGCAGGUGAACCUAGAAGCUGCAUUUUCUUUUUGUGUGCUUCCGUGUCAUUCUCAUAAUCACCAGUGGUAAAAAUUCCCGUUCCAUUUCAUUGAAAAAGCCGCACGUGUACUUGCUGUGCAUCUGACUCUGGCAGGUAAUUCUUGACCUGGUGUCAAAUGUCGGCACAUGAGACUAAAAGUGCAACACUUUCUUCCAUGUUUCCAACUGGCAGUAGAGUUGACGCUUGCUAGGUUGGUCGGAAACAUUUCCCAGUGAAACAUCAAGAAUAUUUUUGUCUGUGUGUGGAUUUCAGGAUGUUGUGUUCUGUCCCUUGAGGCAUAAAGGAGGAGGUCUAAUGUUUUGCAUCAUACCGGGCUCUUCUUUCUACAUAUCAGGGUGCCCCCCCCCCCCCUCACAUACACAUGAUCACACAUUGUGAUUUGAUUGACUGAGAUCUAGAUUUUUUAACGAAGAUCCCCCAUUAAUUUUUCGCUUUUUACAAUCAGCAAUACGUUGUUCCAUCAACUGUAUUUCAACAUUUUGUUAAAAUGUAGGCCAGAUAUUAACAUUUUAAAAGAUUAAAAACACAGCUGGUAUAUUGAUAGGAAUAGUGCUCUUGUAAUUAGCCUCCUUAACUGUGUGUGAAUGAAGCAACUGUCUUUUGGAAUUUAUUUAUUCAGUGUGACUCCGUUGUCUGCAUGAGAACUCUAGCGAUGGGCGACUGAUGGAACGGGAUGGAGUUCGGUUCUUCAACGACGUUCUGCGCACGUAGCGAGAAGCAUUACACCUGUUAGCGUUUGUGGUCUGUUAAUACCUCAAAAGAUCAUCAUUUUGAGCUGCAGGCUGCUGCGGGUGCGGAGACUGCCGGCCACGGCCAAUCACUACACCAGGAGGAGGACGGUUCGCGUUAAAUCGGUUGCUCAUCCUUAAUGUGAGCAAAGACUGGUUUCAUUUUUAAAUAUACACCGUUUGUCUCAAACCUUUGGCCUUCACUUUUAACUGUAUAAAAAGCAUUGCGAAAUUAAUGAAGUUGAAUAUAUGCCAGUCAAUGGCUUCAUUGGUAUUUUAUGGCAUCUAUGUCUCUUAGGUCACACAGUGGAACAUUAAAUCAAAGGGUCUUUGUACAGAUGCCAACCUCAGCACUGAUUGGGCUGGAUGGUGGAAACUUGGGCUUAAUCCCCGAUGCUACAAUUUUGUGCAUAAAUAUUAUUUUUGAGGGUGAGAUUGUCGUGUUUUCCGGAUUGGCAUGUCGGGGUUCUCUAUGUAGAAAAACGGCUUGUUUUAUUUGCCCCUUCUCGUUGCUACUCGGAGGGAUGGAGUGGUCUCUCGGAACAUAACCCGCACAUAUUAAAACAUUUACAGUGGGUUUCUGUUGGCAAAGCGUUGUGGAGAACAGCUUUGUAAUUCACUUUCAUUAACGUCCUCCUCUGGAGCCGCUCAGCCCGUGUCCUCGAGAGUCUCUUAGGAACAGCCCGUCUGCAUAUUAAUGCGGCCGUGACUUUCGUACAAAUAUUUUGCGAUAGUUUUCCAGAACUGCUGGCGUUCAGGUUCACGGGUGGGACACAGCUGGCUGCCGGUUGUUGUCACAAGUACAUUUACAAAGACAUGAUCUUGUUGAUAUCUUCAUGAUCUGUGUAUUUAUGGCUUUUUUUUUUUUUUUUUUUUUUUUUUUUUGGUCUGAUGCAAUGGGGGAAAAUGCAAACGGGCAUAAUUUAUAAGGCUGAUCACUUGAUAUGGGUGCCAAAGCCACCGGGGUUUGCAUUUUGAAUGUCUUUGAUGUUUCGCGCUGAAGUUACCUGAGCAAGCUGUUGUUCUUUGUGUAUGAUUGUAUAUAAUGUGUAAACAGUUUUUAUGAAUCAAGUCAAAUCAAUAGAAGUACCCGUGUACCUACUUUAAAGACAUUAAAAAAUUUCAAAUUCAGG